AUGAAAGAGAAUGAAGUCAAAGAUGAGAAAAGCGUAGAUGUGUUAUCCUUCAAACAGCUCGAAUCCCAAAAGAUUGUUCUACCUCAAGAUCUUUUCAGAAGCAGCUUUACCUGGUUUUGUUAUGAAAUUUACAAGUCCUUAGCGUUUCGCAUCUGGAUGCUAUUAUGGCUACCACUUAGCGUCUGGUGGAAACUUUCCAACAAUUGUAUUUACCCACUUAUAGUUUCACUUCUGGUCCUGUUUCUGGGACCAAUAUUUGUCCUUGUUAUUUGUGGACUUUCUCGUAAGCGUUCCUUAUCGAAACAACUCAUUCAGUUUUGCAAAGAGAUUACUGAAAACACACCAAGUUCUGAUCCUCAUGAUUGGGAAGUCGUUGUAGCAAAUCUAAAUUCGUACUUAUAUGAAAAUAAGGCUUGGAAUACUAAGAAUUUCUUUUUCAAUGCUACGGAUUGUGAGAAAAUGUUCAGAACAACUGUUCUUGAACCAUUUUCUUUGAAAAAAGAUAAAGCUGCCAAGGUUAAGUCAUUUAAGGAUUCUGUCCCUUAUAUCGAAGAGGCUUUGCAAGUGUAUGCUACAGGAUUUGACAAACAGUGGAAGUUGUUUAUUACUGAAAAAUCAUGGAGCCCUGUUGGCCUGGAAGACGUUCAGCUUCCCAAGGAUAUUCAUCGGUCCAAGCUUACUUGGUUUUUAAAGCGGAUUUUCACUAUUUACUCUCUACCAUUAUGGCUUGCUUUUUUGAACUGUAUCUGCGUGUCACAGCAUUUUUGCCUUGCAUUUCGUAUCUUGUGUCCUGGAUUGUUUUUCCUCAUGAUGGUGUGGCUUUUCCAAAAUAUGAGGACGACUGCUUUACUCGUGAAAAUGGAACACAAGAUGCAAUUCUUGUUGACUAUUAUAAAUGAGCAAGAAAGUGGUGCGAAUGGAUGGGACGAAAUUGCAAGGAAAAUGAAUAGGUACUUGUUUGAGAAAAAAGCCUGGAAGAAUGAAGAGUUUUUCUUCGACGGGAUUGACUGUGAAUGGUUUUUUAGCCACUUCUUCUACCGCCUUCUAUCUGCAAAGAAAUCUAUGUGGCUUUUACCAUUGAAUGUGGAACUAUGGCCAUAUAUUAAAGAAGCGCAAUUGUCCCGCAAUGAAGAGUCUUUAAUGAAGAAAUGA